AUGACCAUUCCAGUUGACUGUUCUUCGCCGUCCGCUUCACACUCGAAAAAAAGCCAAGCAGCGGCGAUAAUGAUGUCGUCGUCGACCACAAUAACAAAAUCCAAAAAUAGCAAGACAUCGACAACGACAGCAAAUGGAAAGAAACAGACGCUAUCAGAAAGAGAUUUAAAUAUCAGAUUGACAAAGAUUUUUACAAAAAUUGGGUGUUUGGAAAUUGCUUCAGAGGGUAUCAGAGAAUUAUACGAUCUGCUACUCGAAUACCCAGAAUAUGAAGCAAAAAUAAAUUCGUUUCUAUCAAGUGCUGGCACUUUUUUCUACAACUAUAUUCGUAAUGCACUGGCAGACAUUACGACGAGUGAAAUGCGAAAAUGUGGACUAAUACCGAAAGAAGAGUCAGCACCACCGUCACCAAAGCCAGCACCACAACAGGAUCAAGAACAACCACAAAAAGCGUUCACGCAAAAAUAUUCUCGAGAGACAUUUGAGCAAACACGGUCACGCCUACACGCAAUAUUUCAAUAUGAAAAAUACAAGGCUGGCCAACGACGCUCUAGCCUUCCCAGCCGUGACAGACUAACCAACGACGCUGAGCGUCUGGAGUUCGUUAAAAGUAUCAUAUUGUCAUCUAUGCGACGACCUUCUUCGUGGUCACAUAGUACACCCAGCCUAUUACCGACGACAUCGUCGUCAAAAUUUGAUUCACUACCAACACGGAAAUUUGAUCCGAUUUCUUUAUAA